AUGGCAAACAGUGGUGCUGAACACCAGGAACACUUUUUCAAGAAAGUUUCCAACUUGCCUGUCAUGGAGACUGCCCUCAACCAGCUGAACUUUCUCUACCUGAAAACCAAAGAGAAGAAUCGUUUCCUGGAGAUGGCCAUGAACGCCACAGAGUUUGGGGCUCAGGUGGCCUACAACACUGCUGCCCCGGUCGUUGGAAAAUUUGAUAAACAGAUUGAGGCACUGAAUGACUUGGCUUGUAAUCAGUUGAAUAAGUUGGAAGAAAAAUAUCCAAUCAUCACAAAGCCUGCCGAAGAGGUUGUCAAAGCCACUAAAGAUUAUGGAUACAGUUUUGUUAAUCCAGUGCUUUCCAACAUCAAGUCAAUCCAGAACACGGCUAACCAGAUGACAUCAUUUGGGAGCAAGAAAGUAACCGACAAAGCUGCCAACAUCCGGAAUGUAGCAGACGCAGAAAAAAUUCUGCUGACUGAAAAGCUGAAGGAGGGGAAACAGAAAGUGGAUGAAGUUGUAGUAGCUGGUGUUGAAAAGGUGCAAAAUGAUGCCAUGACUUACACUGGUAAUGUUAUGAGCUGCAUCAACGCCACUGCAGUGUAUGGCAUUGAUAAGUUGUCCAAGACCUACCUUGGCAAGAUGGUGGUGUCAAGUGUUGACCUGGGAUUGGACAAAGCUGAUUUGUACCUGGAUUACUACUGCCCCCCUGAUGAGACUGAGAGAAGAUUUUCACCCAUUGAAAAUUUAGAAGGCGUGGUCAACAAGGCUCUUAAUAUAACCACCAAGGCCAGAAGACGUCUGCGCGGAAAGGUCGAGGAGAAAAUUGGGUCAGUUCAGAAGAAAUCUAGGUCAUUGAGAGAUGGAUGUGUAGAAAAGAUCAGAGAUAUAAAAACCAGUGCAGUUGAGAACCCGAGGGAGUUGAUUGACAGUGCAGCGGUGGUUUCAAAAAGCACAGUAGAGACUGCAAAAAAUAUCAUUGGAGACAUCGCAAGCAGAACCAAAAAUGUCGUUUCAAAUGGUGUUGGUCUGGCUGCGCUGCCAAUGCAUAUAACUCUCGAUGUUAUGGAUGAUGUUUUAAAUAGAUGGUCGGCGUAUUACAAAGCAGCUGAUGGUGAAGACGACGAGGGUGUUGAUAGAGAGAAAGUGAAAAAUAUGGUCAGACUGGAUCGAAAAUUCUGGAAUGUCAGUAAGAAAGUGAACAGUACCUCCGUUCAGCUGGUGUCUUACAUGAUUCACCUUCCAAAGAACAAAUACACAGCGGCAAAGAACAAAAUUUUAUUCGUUUGGUCGGAGAUAAAUCUCUCAGAUGAAGAGAUACUGAAAAGAAUGAAAGAGGAGAGUAAAAAAAGAGAUAAUGAUGUGAGAGAGGGUGGUGGAAUGCUGGAGGAACAAGAUACGUACGAAAGAAAAUUUGUGGCCACAACUAGACACGCCUUACAGCAAGCUAAGUGGCUGAGUGACCCGAUUUUUCACGUUCUACAGCUGACUAAUCAUCAGUUUUUUCUGCUGCUUGACCUGAUUAAACAUAAUUUUAUUACCGAGAAAAUCGUGGAAAAUCCACUUUUAAACUUUUCUGUCGGUGGCGGGCCAGUCUCGAUGUUUUCACAGCAGGCUUCAACAGCUGCUGGUGGCUUUCAGCAGCUGACAGCUGAUCUUUUCAACAAUCUAUUCGUCACUGAUGUGAGAGAUCUUUAA